CCCGCUAGUCCCAUGGAAUCCAUCCUCAACAACACCCUCGAUUCAUGGGGCAAAAAGGCUGAAGUAACCGCCAACAACGUCUGGCACAAUCUUAGAACAAGUCCGUCGGUGUCUUCGACGGCCUGGGGGAAGAUGAAUCUGACCGCGAAAGCCAUCAGUGGAGGCGGAUUUGAGGCUCUUUACAAACAAAACUUCGCAACUUUUCCCAACGAGAAGCUCAAGAAGACCUUCGCUGCUUGUCCCACAUCGGCAGGUCCAGUUUCAGGAACCCUCUACCUCUCUAAUCUUCACAUCGCAUUUUGCAGCGAUAGCCCCGUAUCUUACAGCGCACCCUCUGGGCAACAGGCUUGGAGCCACUACAAGCUAAUGGUGCCUUUGGGUAAGAUCGGGUCGGUGAACCCAGUGAUCAUGAAGGAGAGCUCGGCGGAAAAGUAUAUUCAGAUUGUGACGGUCGACGGAUAUGAUUUUUGGUUCAUGGGUUUUGUGAAUUUUGAUAAAGCAGUGAAGCACCUCUCGGAAAGCAUAUAUUUUGUAGUGCCAGGAAUCGCAGUACCAUCAUCGGCCGCCUCUUGA